CUUAGUGAUAGAAAUAUGAGAUUUUACUUUUCACCCCCCCUUUGGGGUUAAAUCUGAUUAGAUGAGGAGUAUAAUAGAGCGAGCUUCAAAAAUAGUUUGAAUAUCAGGAAGUUUUUUAUUUGACAUACGAGACUCGCGACAUGUUAUGGGAAUCAUCCGUCUGUCCGCAAUUUGAAAAAUUAUCUCUUAAUGUAGAGACAACUCAUAUUUUGUAUGGAAAAUUGAUGAAGAAACGACAGACAGACGAGUGAGAUUAGCAGCUAUAAAAUAUAAAAAUUUAUAUAAAUGUUAGCAAAUAAAUGUAAGAAGAAACAUGUGAAAAUAAUAAGCAGAUGAUGUUGCCCCUUCAGUACGUGCUAACAUCCCAUUCAAGCAGCAUUGCAUUGCUCUCGCCAAAUAAUAUUCACGAAAAUUAAACAACUUUUGCUCUCAAAAUCGCGCAAUUUGUUUGUUUUUUUUAUAUUUAAAAAAAUUCAAUUAAAAAUAAAUAAAUCGUAAAUUCAAUUUGUUUAUAAACUCAAAGUUGAGAUAUUUUGGAGGCAAAAAGCCUUUCACAAGUGAAAAGUGCUGAAUGGACGAAAAGUUUUGUGAUUAUUGUGAAGUUGUUAGUUUUGUGCAAGAUUAGCAGCUGCAUUGUUGCUUCUAAAUGACUUGUUUUUAAUUUCCUGUUUAUUGAUUGUAAAACGCCUCAAUUGAUAGAGACUCCUGUGGCGCAAUAACACUGCUGUUUGAGUUUGAUGCACCAAAACAACAAUCAGACAAAAAGUGUUGCCAUUUAGAGAAGUUUUAUAAUUUAAUAAAAAAAAACUGUGGGAAAGAAUAUCUGUCUGUGUGGGAUUGAGAACUUCCUCUGCAAUAGAUUGAAUUGUGUUGGGAAAGAGCAGAUGUACAGACUUUUGCAGAAAGGAAAAAUUUAUUAAGUGAAUGCGACGAUAUUCUAGGAUAUUUUAGGAAGAGAUUGUUGAGGGAAAUUUCUUGACCAGUUCGAUAAAAGUGAUCCUAUUGAUAAGGAUAAUAUAGAGCUUUAAAGAAACAGACUAAAGGAAAAGGUCAUGUAAGAUCAGACUUUAUAACAAAGUCUUGUAAGAUCAGACUUUACAACAAAGUCUUAAAAGAACAAUCAUCAAAUUACAUAGAAAAGUCUUAUUAGAUCACACUACAAAGUAAAGAGCCUUCUAAUAUAUUACUGAACUACGAGCUUCUACAAAAUCAUUACGAUUUUAGGAACAGUUCGUAAAAGCAGGCUUGUAAACAAAGCUUUGUUGAUCAGACUACAAAAUAAAGUCUUCUGUGUUUUAUUAAGGAAGCCUUGAAGUCUUCUUGGAGAAAUCAGGCUAGAAGACCUUUUUCCAGAUCAGACUAUAAGUCUUCUCAGAGCAGUGAUAGUCUGACAGACAAAGCCUUCAAAAGAAGAGUCUUUAGAUUAAGCUUGUUCUUAAUAUCAGACUACAGAAAAAGAGCUUUCUGAGAAGAUGCCUUAAAGUGAAAUUCCUGACACUUCAGGCUCUACAAAACAGCCUUACAAAGCCAGAUAAAGAAUCCUUUCUGUUAUCAAAGAGAUAAUAAAAAAAAACUGUUUUGUCACCCAAAAAACAAAAAGGAAAACAGAUUUUUUUAAAGAAACCGACAAUAGACUCAACAAAGUUCCUAUCACUUCUAACUACGUCAAUGUCUUACCCAUUUUUGGGGGCAUAAAAUAAGAAGAAAGUGAAAAAAGAUGCGGCAAAAAGUUGCGAGUAUUGCCACGAUUCUCCGACUAAUCGUGCAAAUGUGAAGCGAGGUCAAAAAUUCCCAUUUGCAAAAAUAAUAAAAUAAAAUAAAUGUGAAAACAGGCAGGGGAAGAAGAAGCAAAAAAAAUUGUCUCUGGCGUUGCGUCUAAAACGCGAAAUCCGGGACAUUAUUGAUAAAACAACGAGAGAGGGCACAUUGACUGUGUAUCUAUUGCCUUGGUGGCUUCUUCGGGUUAUGCUGCUACAAUACCUCCAAUACUGUGGAUUCGUGAGCACAUUUUGUCGUUGAUUUUACUUGUUUUUUUUUCUUUGGAUGUGCCUUUCGAGUGUUUUGAAAUAAAAGAAAAGGGAAAAGAAAGAGAAAACUUUCUUCCUUGAAAGAUUUUAGUUUUAGAAAAGUCAAAGAAAAUGCCAUCGUGGGUUAGAAAAUCUUUUGAUUGGCUGAAAGAGAAGAAGGGUGUGAAGAAGAAGGCAGUGACCAACAAUGUGCGCGUCAACAACGAUCUGAGUCCCAUCAAUAAGCAAUUUCGUGGUGAAAAAGACAUCAACAUCUAUCGAGAUUAUGGAAAAUUCGUUGCUGAUGGAUAUUUUUUCUUCAAAGAUGAGACACCAGACUGUCGAAUUCAUUCAGCCAUGGUGUCAAAGGUGAACCCAGUCGCACGCUCCGUAACUGUUGAGUGGUGCGAAGAGAACGAGACAAAGGGCAAGGAGGUGGAAUUGGAUGCAAUUCUCUCCCUCAAUGCUGAUAUUCUCAAUGCGGAACCUGAACCUGAUGCCAGGUGCCGUGUGGAAUCAUCCUCAAUGCUAGCACCAGCUAAUCUCAGUCGAGAAUCAUCCCAUUCAUCUGUUGAAGAUGAUGUUUUCCCAAAUGAGGUGGAAGAUGAGGAAAAUUGUGCUGCCCAACAGAAUCAUGCGGGGAGCGGUAAUUCCGUACCAACUGGCGGAACGCUCUCAAUUCGGACUCCGGUAGCCGGAAAUAAAUCGAAUGCCACACAGGGCGCUAUUCGAUUAGGAAUUAGCAAUAAUAUUCACGAGCGAAAUAGGAGACAAACAAGAUCAUCAUCAGCAACAGCUCAUCACGCCCAGCAAAACGAUCACGCGGAACAAACGGAGAAUCAACCGCCGCAGCAGCAGCAGCAGCAAGCAACAAGAACUGCCCGAGGAGCAGCAGCAGCAGGUGGGACCGGUGGAGGGCAGACAACGAGGAUGUCCACGGUGUCAACAGCUGUCCCCGUUCCAGUGUCAUCGACAUCAACGGCGCAACCACAGAGGUUGUCGUACGUGGUGAAGGAAGUGGAGAAACUAAAGGAGAAUCGUGAAAAGCGACGUGCACGGCAGGCAGAGCUGAAGGAGGAGAAGACGGCCCUGAUGAAUAUGGAUCCGGGGAAUCCGCAUUGGGAAUCAGCGGCAAUGAUAAGGGAAUUCCAAAGUACGCUGAAUUUCAAUCCCAUCCACGAUGGUCAGGCCAUUGAGGAUCACCAAAUUACCGUAUGUGUGCGCAAGAGGCCGCUAAAUCGGAAGGAAAUUGCCAAGAAGGAAUUGGAUGUGAUUACUGUGCCUGUGAAGGAUCAAAUGAUUGUCCAUGAACCCAAAACAAAGGUGGAUCUCACGAAAUUCCUUGAGAAUCACAAAUUUCGCUUUGACUAUGCCUUCGAUGAUAAAUGCAACAAUGAAUUGGUUUACAAAUAUACGGCAAAGCCACUCGUGCAAACCAUCUUUGAGGGUGGUAUGGCCACGUGCUUUGCCUAUGGGCAAACAGGAUCGGGGAAAACGCACACAAUGGGUGGGGAAUUCAAUGCCACCGGCAAGGUCCAAGACUGCAAGAAUGGGAUCUAUGCAAUGGCCACCAAGGAUGUCUUCACCCUGCUCAAGAGUCCACGCUAUAGUCAUUUGCGAUUAGUUGUGUCGGCGAGUUUCUUUGAAAUCUACAGUGGAAAGGUUUUCGAUCUAUUGGCUGACAAACAACGUCUUCGGGUACUCGAAGAUGGGAAGCAACAAGUUCAAGUGGUUGGACUCACGGAGAAAGUUGUCGAUGGGGUGGAUCAAGUGCUGAAGUUAAUUCAACAUGGGAAUAGUGCACGAACAGCCGGUCAAACGGCAGCAAAUUCCAAUUCAUCGCGCUCCCAUGCGGUAUUCCAGAUUGUCCUCCGACCGCCGGGCACGACAAAGGUUCACGGGAAGUUUUCCUUUAUUGAUUUGGCGGGCAAUGAACGCGGUGCGGAUACAUCGUCGGCAAAUCGACAAACACGCAUGGAGGGAGCGGAGAUUAAUAAGUCCCUCCUUGCGCUGAAGGAAUGCAUUCGGGCGCUGGGGAAGCAAAAUGCCCAUUUGCCAUUCCGCGUGAGUAAAUUGACGCAAGUGCUGCGAGAUUCAUUUAUUGGGGAGAAGAGUAAGACAUGCAUGAUUGCCAUGAUCUCACCGGGACUCAGUUCGUGUGAACAUACACUGAAUACCCUACGCUAUGCGGAUCGUGUGAAGGAGCUCGUUGUCAAAGAUACAGCAGCGCAAGGGGUUGACAUGGAUAUCAUAUCGGAUGAGAAUAAGAAUGGGCAGACAAAUGGGAAUAAUGAUCUUGCGCAGUUGCGAUCUCUCAGUGAUCACGACAUGUCCGUUGAGCUCUUCAAUCAGCACGCUGCAAUUUCGGAUCUUCAGCAUACGGAGGAAUUGCUUCAUGAUCAACAUCGUGGGGUUAUUGAUUGCAUAGAGAAGUUCUAUCCGGAGCUUGUGGAUCUCUAUGCAUUGACAAAUCAGGUGGAUUACGACCAAGAUGCUUACUGCAAACGCGGCGAGGAGAUUUUGGCCAAAGUGGCAGAGACUGUACUCGCGUGCAAAGACUUGGUCAGUGAAUUUCGGGCAAAAUUAAUGAAGGAAGAACUAAUUUCACACAAUGUCAGCCCAAAUAGGCGCUAAGGCAUCCCAAUUAAAUACACCUACACAGCUUCAGAAGGGCAGCAGCAGCAGCACAUUAUAUAUUUUUUCUAAAAAAAAAAAAAGAUAAAUUAAUCUCUCUGAAGUGAAGUUGAAAAGAAGAAAAAAAAUGAAUGACAAAAAAAACAUACACAAAUUCCUGUUGCUAUAGUUGUUGAUUAUAUAUUUCCAGACUAAUAAUGAUUACUAUAUAUAUAUUUCAAUUUUAUUAUAAUAUUUAAGAAGAUUUAGAGAGCGAGAGAGAGAACACGAGAGGAGAGAGAGAGAGCGUAAAGAGGAGAAGAUAAAAAUUUUAAAGGAGAGUGGACAUAUUUUGAAGCACAUUAUGAUGAUGAUAAAAACACCAGUGUUUAAAGACAAAAGCAAAUGAAAAAAAAAAUAAUGUAAAAUUUAAUAAUCAAAGAUCAAUCUUUUGAAAGACAUUUUAAUUAAAUUAAUAAUAUAUAAGGAUUUAUUUUAAAAAGAAAAAGAAAAGAAAAGAAAAUACAUUAACCAUUAUAUUUAUGAGAUAAAACCUCGUGAGCACGAGGAUUUAAUUCCCAAAAUGAGAUGGAAAAAAAGAAAAACAAAAAUGGUGAGAAAAAGAAAAGCUCAAAGUCAAAAAAAAUUAUCAUAUUGCAGUGAAAAUACUCGCCAAUAAAAAAAUAAAAUUCUUUUGCUAAUGAAUUAAUAUUUUUUAAUUAGGUUUUUAUAUGUUUUUUUUUACAAAUUUAUGUUUGUCCGCAAAAUAUGUUUUUUUUUUAUUUGUCAUAAUCAUUAUACAAGCAAAUCCAUAAAAACAUUUUAUAAAUUAAUUUAAAGAAAAUAAAAUAACUACAACAUAGAAGAAUAAAUUGUGAGAGAAAAAAACUAUUAAAAAUAUGCAAACAUUUCAUUCAUCUCUCUAUUUAGGCCAUUUCUUUAUUUUAUUCAAAAUAAUUUAUAAAAAAAAAUAAGGAAUCUCUUCAUUCUGUUUUGUCCUUCAUUUUGUUUCUUAAUUACUUUCAUGCAACAUAAAAAAAAUGAGAUUUUUAAGACAAGAAAUUACAUUUAAUAUUUAAAAGGCAAUGAGGGAGUAUUUAAUUGAAUUUUAUUAGUUUCUUUGUGAUUUUUUAAAAAAAAAUUUAAACGAACUUUUAUUGACAAUUUGAUUUUUUCUCAUUCAAAACUUGUCGCUUGCAGCAGCACUUGUCGAAUAAUUAAAAAAACAAAAAAAAAUAUCGACCUGGAGAAGAUUCUCUUUGCUAUCGAAAUGUCAAACGCAAAUAGCAUUAAAACGUCAUGAAGAAAAAAAAUUAAAAGGAGUUUAUUCAAGCUUAUAUGGAUCAUGAUGUCCUUCGGAUAAAUACGCGGGGUAAACAUAAUGUUGUAAAGAGUUCAAAAAUGAAUUAAAAAUCAACAAAGACUUAUUUUCCAAUGAAAUCAACUGAGAAUAAGCCAAUAAAGUUUAAUACUUUCGCGUUCUUUGGGUCAUAUGUAGACUCAAACGUGAAACAUUCUAUUUUCCCAAUUUUUUAUGAACUUAAUUGUUUUUCCAAGUUAAAAAUGCGGCAAAGUCGCGCAGUAAAGGUCAAAAGACAUUUUGCCUAAGAAAUGUCUUCUGAGAGCAUCCAUAGAGUGAAAAUUGAGAUAAAAACACAGCAUGUUUCAAUGUUUUCAUGUUUCACGUUGACGCGAAAAGGUUAAGACAAUCUUUUGGACAAUUUUAGAUUAUUUUUUUAAACCUGUACAAGAGUCAUAACCAAUAAAUGAGCUUGAAUAAAUAAUUUUCUCUAAAAAAGAAGAAUCACAGCUGCUAGAAGAGCAAAAAGUAUAACUUGAGAGACAAUUCGAAUUAUUUUUGACAGAUAUUGUAGUUCUGUCAGAUUUUUUGACAGUUAAAUUUAUUUGUCAAGCAAAAUGUCUAAGAAUUCAUUUUGUCAAUGAAAUUGAUCAAAAUCCUUCAAUUUUCUUGAGAAAUAUCUCAGAAAUUCAAUUGAAAUUAAUCCCUCAUUGCCGAUUUAGCUUCAUUUUUAAUGCCUUAAUUAGUCAGAUAGAUUAUACAAUUACUACUACCACCUCUCAUCAUUAAGCUUCUUAUUUUUGUCUUUUUUU